CGCCGCGCGGAGGUUGACGCGGGCGGGGAGGCUGAGUGGAGCGCUCUCCUAGGGGAGUGGGUUCUCGUCCAGGCCCAGUCGGCCCGCGAGCGAGCGGCGAGCCCAGCGGCCGGGAACAGACGAAGGGUCUCCCCGAGAGGAUGGCGGUGGAGGACAGCACAGUGCAGGUGGUGGUACGGGUGCGGCCACCCAACCCUCGUGAGUUGGACAGUCAGCGGCGCCCUGUGGUGCAGGUGGUGGAUGAGCGGGUACUGGUGUUUGACCCUGAGGAGCCUGAUAGGGGGUUCCCAGGCCUGAAGUCUGGCAGUACCCAUGAUGGCCUCAAGAAGAAGAGCAAAGACCUGACAUUUGUCUUUGACCGCGUCUUUGGCGAGGGGGCCACCCAGCAGGACGUGUUCCAGCACACCACCUACAGCAUCCUGGAUGGCUUCCUGCAGGGCUACAACUGCUCAGUGUUUGCCUAUGGAGCCACUGGAGCUGGGAAGACACACACCAUGCUGGGCAGGGAGGGUGACCCCGGCAUCAUGUAUCUGACCACCAUGGAGCUGUACCGCCGCCUGGAGGCCCGCCAGGAGGAGAAGCAGUGUGAGGUGCUCAUCAGUUACCAGGAGGUGUACAAUGAGCAGAUCUACGACCUCCUUGAGCCCAAGGGGCCCCUCACAGUCCGGGAAGACCCCGACAAGGGAGUGGUGGUACCUGGACUGUCUUUCCACCAGCCAACAUCAGCUGAGCAGCUGCUGGAGAUGCUGAGCCGGGGCAACCGCAACCGCACACAGCACCCCACCGACGCCAAUGCCACUUCCUCCCGCUCGCAUGCCAUCUUCCAGAUCUUUGUGAAGCAGCAGGACCGGGUUCCAGGGUUGACCCAGGCGCUUCAGGUGGCCAAGAUGAGCUUGAUCGACCUGGCUGGCUCUGAACGGGCAUCCAACACCCGUGCCAAGGGGGAGCGGCUGCGGGAGGGCGCUAACAUCAACCGCUCCCUGCUGGCCCUCAUCAACGUCCUCAACGCCCUGGCUGAUGCAAAGGGCCGCAAGUCUCACGUGCCCUACCGGGACAGCAAACUGACACGCCUACUGAAGGACUCCCUUGGGGGCAACUGCCGCACGGUGAUGAUCGCCGCAAUCAGCCCCUCUGGCCUGGCCUACGAGGACACUUACAACACCCUCAAGUACGCCGACCGUGCCAAGGAGAUCAGACUCACGCUGAAGAGCAAUGUGGUCAACCUCGACUGUCACCUCAGCCAGUACGCCACCAUCUGCCAACAGCUCCAAGCUGAGGUGGCCACCCUAAGGAAGAAGCUCCAAGCAUAUGAGGCAGGAGCCCAGCUCCAACGACAAUCCCUCCCAGCAUUCCCUGCAUCAGACAUACCACCGCAACACUCCCCUAGGCCGUCCUGCCCGCCCAUCCAGUCCUGUCCCCAAGAGUUCCACGAUGGAUCUGGAACCCUUCAGGAGGAGAACGUGGAGACAGAGGCCCAGGAGGAGAGGGUUGAGGAUGGGGACUCUUCAGGUCAGGAGCGGGCCCCGAAGGACAAGGACAGCAGCCCAGCCAAGGAGUUUCCAAGCCAGACUCCAGAACAGAGCCUCGGACGCCUGCCGGAGACCCUUGGCCUGAGCUUGCCGUCCAAGCUGGCUGUGGGUUGCCUCUCACCACAGAAGCCGGACAGAGAUGGUCCUAAGUGGCUGGCCCUGCAGGUACUGUGCCUGGCCCAGCGGCAGUACUCCCUGCUUCAGGCAGCCAACCUCCUGACCCCUGACAUGAUCACUGAGUUUGAGACGCUGCAGCGGCUGGUGCAAGAGCAGAAGUUGGAGCUUGGGACCCCCAGGCUGGCCAGGGAGGCGCCUCCAGCUCAGGAGCUGUCUUCAGAGUCAAAGUCCCCAGGGUAUACUGGCCCUGUGACCCGGACCAUGGCAAAGCAAUGGGGCGGCCUCAUGCCCAUGCUGGAGACCCCACCCAGACCUGACUGCACGCCAACGCAAGCAUCCCGGCAGACCAUAGAGAAGAGGAGGAAAAGACCGAACCCCUCCGAACCAGACGGUCCCCCAGCCCGAAAGUUGGAGACCAAGCGCCAGCGCCAGUCCUUCCUUCCCUGCCUGCGGAGAGGCUCUCUACCUAAGACCCAGCCCUCACUCGGACCCAGCACCCCCAAAGGGCAAAAAGCCUCCCCUUGCCACACCCCUCGCUUCUGCCCAACCACAGUUAUCAAAAGCCGGGUGCCCCUGGGCCCCUCUGCCCUGCAGAACUGCUCUACCCCCUUGGCCCUACCUUCCCGGGACCUCAACAUCACCUUUGAUCUCUCUGAGGAGUCCCCUUCACAACUUGGUUCCCAUGAAUGCGUUGGCUGGGAGAAAAUCCCCCCGCAACUACAAAGACUGGAGCAGCCCCUCAUUCCCAGCGAACCUGUGCUCCCGUUCUCCAUGAAGGGCCCCAAGCCCAUGUCCUCCCUCCCCAGGACCUCAAUCUGCAAGAGGAGGCGCAAUGUGAGUUCCUCAGCCUCCCAGGGCUGCAGCCGCAUUGCUCGCCUCCCUAGCAGCACCUGGAAGAGGCCAGCUGGAUCUUUUGCAAUCCCAGAACCACCCUUGAGUCCCCGCUGUGAUGACAACCAGAGGAGCCAGGAGGAAUUCCCUGGGUCCGGAACAGUGCUGUCAGUUGGGAACUGCAUCGCCAAGGUGUCCUGAUCACCCGGCUGCCCUGAGCCCUUGUAGGCUGGCUGCCUCUGCCUGCCACCUGCGGCCGACUGUGCUGGAAGUCCGUCAGCCUUCACCCAGGACAAGUGGAUGUCUGCACACCUUGGCUGCAUAAACAACCCUCCCCGUCCAGCCCUUCCCCCUGUUACCUGCCCUCCAAUCCUUUGUCACACUCUGCUUCUCAGUGUGUGCAAAUCCAUCGGGGAGUGCUAAUGUGUCGCUAUUUUAAAGGGUGCUACUGUGCCCCCCCUUUCUGAUGCCAUUUGUGCAGACCGGCAGCUCUUAGGCUCUUUGCCCACCUUGGGUCUGACACACUGCUUCAGUGGGUGGAAGGAUGAGCUUGGGACGGGGGUGUGGUUGGGAG